AAAUAACUUAACCCCUCACAUUUUUCCCACUGUUACGACCCCGGAUUCCGCCGCGAAACGCCGUCGUUUUGUCCAACCCGAAACGCCAUCGUUUUGUCCGACGAUGGCGUCAGUUUCUCUCACAACCUCCGUCAACCUAGGGUUCAGAUCACCUCCGACGAUCAAACUCCGACCGUCUCUCCACCAAUCGCCGCCGCUAAACCUCCACCGAUCCACCGGAGAACACCUCCGAUCAUCACUCAAACUCAAAACACCGAUCAGAAACUUCAAUUUCACCGUAAAAGCAUCAGCAGCUUCCGUUCCGGCGAAACCAGAUCCUGUUCCGUCACCGGUACCGGUACCGGCACCAGCACCGGUAGCGCCAUGGCAAGGAGCGGCGGUGAAACCUCUGCUUGCGUCACUCGCUACCGGAAUUAUCCUCUGGUUUGUUCCAGUUCCGGCCGGUGUAUCGAAAAACGCGUGGCAGUUAUUAUCAAUAUUUCUCGCAACGAUCGUCGGAAUCAUCACGCAACCGCUUCCACUAGGUGCCGUUGCGUUGAUGGGAUUAGGUGCAUGUGUGUUAACCAAAACCCUAACAUUUGCAGCUGCAUUUUCGGCUUUCGGUGAUCCGAUUCCGUGGUUAAUUGCUCUUGCGUUUUUCUUCGCUAGAGGAUUCAUCAAAACAGGAUUAGGUAACAGAAUAGCUUAUCAGUUUGUUAAAUUGUUCGGUAGUUCAUCGUUAGGGUUAGGUUAUAGUUUGGUGUUCAGUGAGGCGUUGUUAGCGCCUGCGAUACCGUCGGUUUCGGCCCGAGCAGGGGGGAUAUUUUUGCCAUUGGUUAAGAGUUUGUGUGUUGCGUGUGGGAGUAAUGCAGGGGAUGGGACUGAACAUAAGUUAGGGGCGUGGUUGAUGUUGACUUGUUUUCAAACUUCGGUUAUUAGUUCGAGUAUGUUUUUGACUGCGAUGGCUGCGAAUCCAUUGAGUGCGAAUUUGACGUUUAAUACGAUUAAGCAGACAAUUGGUUGGACGGAUUGGGCUGUGGCUGCUAUUGUGCCAGGGAUUGUUUCGUUGAUUGUGGUUCCGCUUAUUUUGUACGUUGUGUAUCCGCCGUCGGUGAAGAGUAGCCCGGAUGCGCCUAAACUUGCUAAAGAGAAGUUGGAGAAAAUGGGACCUAUGACCAAGAAUGAAGUUAUUAUGGCGGGGACUUUGCUUCUUACGGUUGGCCUGUGGAUAUUUGGAGGUAUGCUGAAUGUUGAUGCUGUUACGGCUGCUAUUCUUGGACUGUCGGUUCUCCUUAUAACCGGAGUUGUGACAUGGAAGGAAUGCUUGGCCGAAGCUGUUGCAUGGGAUACCCUUACAUGGUUUGCCGCACUCAUUGCAAUGGCGGGGUACCUUAACAAAUACGGUCUUAUCUCCUGGUUUAGUCAAACCGUUGUCAAGUUUGUUGGUGGAUUAGGUCUUCAAUGGCAAGCAUCGUUCGGCAUUCUUGUUCUUCUAUACUUCUACUCCCACUACUUUUUCGCUAGCGGAGCUGCUCACAUCGGUGCCAUGUUCACCGCCUUCUUAUCGGUUGCCAGUGCUCUUGGCACACCACCACUAUUUGGAGCCAUGGUCCUGUCCUUCCUCUCAAACCUCAUGGGUGGUUUGACCCACUAUGGAAUCGGGUCAGCCCCUGUAUUCUAUGGAGCCAACUAUGUACCGCUUGCCAAAUGGUGGGGCUACGGGUUCCUCAUCUCUGUGGUUAAUAUCAUCAUCUGGCUUGGUGUUGGUGGAGUCUGGUGGAAGUUCAUCGGCUUGUGGUAGGCAUUUCUGACUUUUAUUGUGCUGUUGGUUGCGAAAUCCUUUCGGUAUUGAAUCUGGUUGCAAGAUUUUCUCUCAGGAUUUUUUCACCUUGCAAAUUUUGUGUUUUUUUUUUAAUUAAUCUGACGAUUCCCCUGUAGUUGACAAAAUAUGAAAUGCUAUCAAACAGAUCAACUCGUUUUGAGCAAGUACACGAAGUUUAAUCAGUUUUAAAUCAUCUGGGGCUACUAGCCUACUAGUGUCUAGUUUAAUCGUAUACACAUUAUUCAUGUAUGUCAAACAUGCUAAUAUAAAACACGGUAUAUGUUGAUCAA